CCAUCGGCAAACAACACAACCUCCUUCGAUCUCCAACAUUAUUGCAUAUGCAACCAGCAGAUGCACAAAGAAGACCAGUCUUUCCAUCUUCACACAAAGACAUCUUUGUCUCAGUCUGUUACGUAUUUGCAAAUUCAGAUAUCAUUUUCCAUUUUCAAAUCACUGAAAUUUCUUGCACAUUGGAGGAACUGCCACUGCCAGCUGAAAUCGUCACUUGAUUCAUUUGGCUCAUCUUUCAACCUUUUCUAUACUCAAAUUCGUUCUUCCAUUGUGAGCAACUAGUUUGGAUACAAGGCUAAUAUGGCCAUACCAACAGACUUCUUGAUCGGCAAAAUUGUGACCAUUCUUGAGAAAGAAGCAUCCUCCAUAGGCGGUGUUCGUGAUGAAAUUGAUGACAUCAAGCAGGAGCUUGUAAGCAUGACGGCCUUCCUAAAUGAUGCUGAGGGCAAGAAUGUACGCAGCGAAGGAGGGAGGAUGUGGGUUGCAAGCGUCAGAGGCAUGGCCUAUGAUGUUGAAGACAUCAUUGACGAGUUCAUGUAUCACAUGUAUGAGCAAGGAUGUCAUAAGGGCCGAGUUGCACGGUGGCUCCACCAAACUAUUCGCAUUCCACAGAAUGUUUGGUUCAGACGUCAAAUGUCAAAGAAGUUGCGGAAAAUCUCAAGAAUGAUUAAAGCCAUUCCGGAGAGGAAUCAGAGAUACAGUGUCGGUGGAUUAGAAGGAACAAGCAGUACUUGUGAUGAUGUAGGCAAAGGGAUGCGGAACCAAGCGGAAUCUUCUCUCUUUAUUAAGGAAGAUGAGCUCGUGGGGAUUGAAAGAAAGAAUUUUGAUGAUUUACCAUACCCAUUGAAGUACUGUUUUUUAUACUGUUCCCUUUUUCCAGAAGAUUAUUUGAUUCGAAGAAAAAGGCUCAUUAGGUUGUGGAUAGCUGAAGGGUUUGUUGAAGAUGUCAAAGGCGCCACAUCAGAAGAAGUUGCUGAGAGCUAUCUUAUGGAGCUCAUUUUCCGUAGCAUGCUACAUGUUGUUCUGAGGAAUGAAAGUGGAAGGCCCAAAGCAUGUAAGAUGCACGACCUUAUGCGGGAGCUUGCUCUGUCUACAUCAGAAAAAGAAAAGUUUGGUGCUGUACAUGAUGGAAAAGAAGUUAUGGACGAAGUUCAAGUGCGCCGCUUGUCAACUCAAACCACUGGAGGAGAAAUUAAACUAGGCACUGGUAUGGCACAACUUCGUACUUUUCUUGUGUUUGUUACUGACAUGUCCUCAUCCUCUUCCUCGAAUACAUUGCCUUCUGGAUUCAAAUUGUUGAGGGGGAACUCCAAUUAA